AUGCCUCGGAAGGAGGUCCCUGUCCGCCUGGAAGACUUUAGACCUGCUUGCCCGAUUCCCUUGGUUAUUCAGCCUCAUGGACGUAUUGAAUGGCUGAAGGAACGCCUAAAGGAACCUAGAAAUCAACGCCAAACAACUAACCUUUUGGCACUUAUUCGAAUGUAUGAGACUGGGGAACUCGGGCCCCUUUCGCCUGGUCCUAUAAUCUUCAUCUGUGAGGGGAAGAUUGUGGAUUCGCCACUUGGUAGUGGGAAUCAUCCUUCCGGAGAGUCUGCUAUAUGGGCUGAGGUUAGUCUCUAUCUUCCUUGA